AUGAGCUUUGGGAAUUUCUUGAGACGCAUAUCAUUCGACAGUGAAAAAGUUCAUACCGACUCAUCAACUCCUGAAGGUAAUGAUCCACCUGGGAUGAAUUCAUUUUUCACAUCACCAAGUCGAAUAUUCGAAAGUGUAAAUGCAAAAACAGGUCAUCUAGUAUCAGAUUUAAAUCAGAAAUUAGAUAUCAGUGGCAAACUCGACUCGAUUAAACAAGUUUCGGUUGGUAAACUGGAACAUGUUGUACGUGGGCCUUCUGUGAAUCGAUCAGAUAGUAAAGAUGAGACUCAGAAAGACGAUACUAUAGAAAAUAUUCCUAGGAUGUCCUAUUUCGAUCAAGAUGUCAGGGAUUCGACUUCAAAUCUUUCUUCACAGGCACCUUCUAAUAAUAGAUCUAUAGUGGAUUUAGAUAAAUCACAGAAAGAAAAGUCUACAAGUUAUGUACAUUAUUCACCAAGUUGUGAUUCCCAAAGAUCUGAAGAAUCCCACUUAACAUCAAGUGGUAGUGCAUUGAGACGACAAAGUACACAAAAUACUCCACGUCCACCUAGACCACCCCCUCCAAGUACUGCAGCAUUGAGUAGAGCUAUGAGCUUGGAUGAAACGAAUCUUUCUGCACAAAUGAAAUCAUCUUCAUUCCAAGAAGACAGAAAUCAGUCAAUAGAUGAGCAGCCAGUUGAUCAAAAAUUAAAAUAUCUUGGAAAGGAUCGUAGUCAACCGUCUAAAUUAAUAGACGAACCACGUGUACUACAGCAACCUAGCGCAUCUGUGAUUGAGGAGGAGGAAAACAGUUCAGCAUCUGAAUAUGGUGAAAAUGGUGAUCAACCAAUUUAUAAACAGGAAAGAGACUUAGUACUUACCGCAAGCGAUCAAACUAGUUCCACAACGAAGUCAUAUGAAGCUGAGAAUAUGUCAACAGAAGAUAAAACAUUUGCUCCUCCAUGUCCAACUGUACCAGAUUCUCCUAGUAUAGAAAAAAUUCAAGAAUUUAUGGAUUUAUAUACAUCAGCUUUGAUAAUAGGCCGAUCGGAUUACUUAAAGAGUAAAGAAAAUGAAUUACAAGAACUAUUGAUUAUGCCAUCUGGGAGAAUUGCAUUUAUUAAUGCGCUAGAACAAGAGUCUCGUCGUACACAAGGUUUGGUUGAUUUACAAGCAUUACCAAAACUGCUUGAUCAAAUAAGUUUAUUACUUGUGGAAUGUCAAAACGCUGAAGACUUUCAACCAGCUAAGAAACUUCUCACUAUAUCACUGAAGUUUUAUACUUACGAUCCAUCGGUAUCUACGGAUCGAACCUUUAUUUUCGUGUAUAUCAAAAGUCAACCAAUUUGGCAAUCUUUAAGGUUUUGGAAUGCCUGCUUUUUCCAAUCUUUACAGGAGGCACGUUCAAAGGCGGAGGAAUCAUCAUAUGAUUCAACUAAAGUAUCUUCUUCGACAACAUACGAUCAGUUGAAAUCAUAUUUGCAGACGAUGAAUGUGUUCAGUUUGCACGAAACCAUCAAACAAGAAUUCCUGCGAAAACAAGCCGAUCUAUUCAAUUUGAAUGAUGAUGAAAUAAACUCAUUACUAUCGGUUAUCUCAUCGGCAGAUUAA